CCUGUGGAGGGCGGUGGCGGGCUCACUGCUGCCCCUGGUGCUGACGAAGAAAAGGCACUUCCGGUGUUCCGUUCUGUCACAGACAUCUCUUGGUGCAGCGAGACAAUAAGGAUGGCAGGUCGUCGUGUAGCCCUGAAGGCCAUUGACUGGGUGGCUUUUGCCGAGCGGGUUCCACCCAACCAGAGGGGCAUGUUCAAUGCUCUGAAGACUCGCAGUGAUGCCAUCGCUGCCAAACUAGCCUCCCUACCCGAGACUGCUGUCACCAUUGACUGGAGUUUCUACAGGGGCGCUGUGGCCAAAGCCGGGAUGGUUGAUGAGUUUGAGAAGAAGUUCAAAGCCCUGGAGAUCCCACAGCCUGUUGACACACAGACGAGUGCCAUCAAUGCACAGGAGGCUGAGGCUAGCAAAAGUGCCAUUGCCUAUGUGGAGGGAUCGAAGGCCCGCAUCACUCAGUAUGAGCAAGAGUUGAAUAAGUUUAAGAACAUGAUCCCCUUCGAUCAGAUGACCAUUGAGGACCUCAAUGACACCUUCCCUGAGACAAAGUUGGACAAGGCUAAAUAUCCCUACUGGCCCCACAAGCCCAUUGCUGAACUGUAAUCCAAUUACUGGACCCUCUCCUCUCAAUAAAGUUUAUGUAUUUUAAAGAGGAA